UAGCCAAAAGCUUUAUACAGACACGAUUAUGUGUAAUUAAAGCAUUAUAAUUUAUAAUAUAAUAAAAAGUUAGUACAUAUUAAGUUAAUUACUAGGGUGGCCGUCUCAUACAGCGUCCUAGCGCGGAGUUUGUGGAUCUACCGUGAGCGAGUCAGUCAGGCAGCGCUUAGGAAAGCUGAUCUGCAGCGGCUGAGCCGUGACAUAAACAGCGGAAGUCCAGGUUCAGACUCUGGGAGCUGCACUACAUGUCGGACCUGUGAUGAUAUUUCAAUGUUUGUACAAAGUACUGUUAUCCCUGGCUGUGUAAAAUGUACCUCUAAAUAUGCUAGGAUGUUUAAAAAUGUGUUCGGCUCAGGAUUUCUCGUCAGAACCGCUCAUGUUUUCCUAACAUGGGUUAUAACGCUCAUUCUCUUCCUGCACGACACAGAUCUCCGUAGAGAGGAAGAGGCAGGUCGACUCACGCUGCCCGUACUCUUCGUGCUCCUCGUGCUGCUUUCUGUGCUGCUCUACUUCGCUGUGUCACUAAUGGAUCCCGGGUUCGUGCUGGCUGAUGACUGCGACCUCCAGUUCACUCUCGGCCUCACCGAGGAGCAACAGGACAUGAUUCCACAAUCCAAACCGUUCCGUCAGCGCCGCUGUGGUCAUUGCCUCUUACAGCAACCGAUGAGAUCCAAACACUGCCAGACGUGUCAGCACUGCGUGCGUCGCUAUGAUCAUCACUGCCCGUGGAUCGAGAACUGCGUAGGGGAGAGGAACCAUCGCUGGUUUGUGCUUUACUUGGCUGUGCAGUUCGUCGUGCUGCUCUGGGGGCUACACAUGGCCUGGUCGGGCUUCAGCGACGCUGCGACGUGGCAGGUGUGGCUGAAAUCGAACAGCGUGCUGCUGGUGACCUGCGCGGUGGUGGCGCUGCUGGCGCUGACCGUGCUGCUCCUGCUGGGCUCCCACCUUUACCUGGUGUCUUUGAACACCACCACCUGGGAGUUCAUGUCCCGUCACCGCAUCUCCUACCUCAAACACUGCGGCAUCGACGAGAAUCCCUUCGACCGCGGUACCUUGCGCAACCUCUGGAGCUUCUUCUGCGUGUGGAGCACGGUGGUGUGGGAGCAAGUCUACUUCAGGCAAGGCUGCGAUCCCGCUUAAAGCACAAUUAAGAUCAAGAUCCCCCCCCCCCCGAUCAAGCGACCUGCACAUUGUACAGUAACACUAUAGAGAAUUACAGAACAAUAGAAAAGUCUAUUUCUUGGUUAGAAGUACAGCUCUAAAUACACUCCUUUUAUUUCCUCCUGGUCUGUAGUGAUUCUUCUUAAAUGCAUGGACAUAACUGUAGUUGGAACCAUGUAGAACCUCAUUUCCAGCAAAUCUGAUUUAAUCAAGAGAUUUGGAUGGCUAUGGAAAUGUUAUCAGUGCCCUGCAGCUGCAUUUUUUAAAAAACGUAAUCUUUAAAGCGGAGAAUGGUUUAGCGGCGUCACAGAUCUAUUAAUUUUUUCGCUACAAUAUUAACCGCUCGUUUACGAUAACGAUCGGGAUAGAAAGAUUAAACUAAUUUUAUUACUCACUUAACUUACAAAUCUUCACAAGAAUACCUCGUGUCGUGUUUUACUAUGGCACAAAGAAACAUCUGGCUAAUAAAGCUAAGGAGCACAAAUAUCGCUUAACAUGAUGAUAGAGACAGGGUAAGUGACUGGUGUGGAAUUUUUACAGCAGCAUCAGUGUUUCUUAAUCCUAGUCCUGGACGACUCCCUGUUCUGCACAGUUCAUAUCUAUAGGAUGUUAAUUAGCGAUUUAAAUAAUUAGGUGAAAAAAAAAACGUAAGGCAGGAAGUCCUGCAGGAGCAGGGUUGGAAAAAUAACUCUAUAAUUUUUAGACUCUUCAGUGUGGAAAGUUUAAUUAAAGCAUACUAAUAUAUACAUAUAGCCCUCUAUUAAUAAAAAUGUUUUAGUUUAAAAAGCACUUAUUGCGUAAAGCACUUAUUAAAUGAACAAAGUAGUUCACACAUACACUGCAUAUUUUCUAUCAGGUUAUUCGGUGCAGGUUUGAAUAGUUUUAUCAGGCAGGUGUGUUGAAUGUUGUAUUAAGGCACAAAUUUUCCCCUGAUCAUAAAUAUAGUUCAAUAGGAAAGGUGCAGAAAGCAUCUCUUGAUUCUGAUUGGUCAGAUGAGACAGUGUGGAUUCCUGUUCACACCACUUCAUGCACUUGUUCUAGCUCGUUUCUAUAGUAACAACAGUUUACCCUGUAUAUCAGAUGCACUAUGUAAACGUGUUGAUAUGGUGAAUUUUUCUUCUGUGAGUAGACGUCUAUUUAGCAUAUUUGAACAAAGUCUGCAGGUCAGCGUUUUCAUAACAGUAAAGCUACAACAUUUCCGACAUGGAUUUCCAGUUAUAAGCUGUCAGAUCGGCUUAGUCAAGGUAGUGAGGAAACGAUUCUUUUCUGUUAAUCGCAGCUGGAAAUAAAAUACAUUUAAAAACUAGAUAUAAUUGUACCAUCAAAAUUCACAGACUUUUAGGAUUCAGUUAAAAUCUUGUCAGUUCUUUAAUAACUCAUAAAAGCUCUUUAAAUCAUCCAGGAAUACCAAGACUCCUUCAACUUAUUCCUGCAUUGCUCUGGGUGAACUUGUAGCCCGGUGCAAACCUCAGAGCCUUUGAGACAACGUUACUUUAAGAUCCUUUUGUUUGGCAAUUUUUGUGUCAUUGGUUUGUUUUUAUAAACAUGUUGCAAUUUCUGUUGUUCCGAAUUUAAGAAAUUGACAAUCAGAUAUGGUUUUUAAUUUUGGCUGUAAGAAUGUUUAACAAUACCACAAAACUUGAUAAAAAUCCGACUAGCAAUCACACAGGGUCUGUAUAUAAAAAUACUACAAAACAAACCUGUUAAUUAUUUUUGUAUAAAUACAGCCUGUUUUUUUUCAUACUACCUAUGAAUAAGCAAUUUAAAAAGAGAGAGCAUGUAUAAGUUUUUGACUGUUUUCAGUUUUUAACCUGUUUUGUUACGAUGUUUUUUGAACCGUUGCAAUACGUUCAGUACUGUCGCUCCUUUACAGAUCAAACCAUUAGAAUGUCUUCUGUGCAAUAGAGAGCUAUUUUAAAAGCUUAAAAGGAACAAGCAAUAACUUUCAUAAUAAUUUUAUUCUCCUUUUAAAGUCACUUCCAACAAAUUUGCACUUGACUGUUUCGGUAUUCGUGCUGAAUUCCAAUAGACUUGUAUCAUCAUGGCUUUGAUUAAAAGUUGCUUAUGCAAGGUUUUUUUGUGACAUGCAAUGAUGUACUGAGUCGCAGUGGCAGUAUUCAAUAAACUGAACAAAUCUA